AUGGAUCAUGCAGAUUUGGGUAAAAACAUCGACCAGGAAUCCCCGGUCGUCGAGACCUGUUCCUCUCUUGAGAAGAUAUUUAAAAAUGACGAUGCCCAUCUAGAACCUAUCCGUUGGUGGUUCCUCUCAUCGACGUUCCCUAUGAUUGCAGGGACUCUCGGCCCUGUGGCUUCAGCAUUUAGUAUCUGUGCCCUAGCUCAGCCAUGGCGACAGCAUCUCAUCCCUGGGGGAGACGUCCAGGAAGCACCUUUCGUCGCCAAUCCGUCGUGGUUGACGAUUGCUAAUGCCAUUCAGCUUAUUAUCGCCAUCACCUCAAACAUGUUUCUACUCCUUAACAUGGCAGGAAGAGUUCGCUUUAGUCUGGCACAACCCAUUACUAUAGGCGGAUGGUACAUCUCAGCGAUAUGUCGCAUCUCUCUAAGCGCCACUGCCGCUGGGCCGCUCCUCAAAGCCAUCAAAUUUCCUGAAAAAGAGCUCAUCUGGUCCCAAGCAUUUUACUAUGGCGUGUGGGCAGCCAUCCUCUACUUCUUCGAUGCUUCCCUCAUGGCUCUGACCUUCUGGGGCGCUUCAUCUGGUCACUACGGGAAGGACUUUAUGCUAACCUUCAGUAAACGCACUCUGAUGUUGCAGACCAUUAUGUUCCAGUUAUACCUCCUUAUUGGCGCCUAUGUUUUCUCUAAAGUAGAAGACUGGAAUUACCUCGAUGCCAUCUAUUGGGCAGACGUUACUUUCUUCACAGUCGGCUUCGGUGACUAUGCCCCUACAACUACGCUUGGAAGAGCUCUCCUGAUGCCUCAGAAGUCUACUCCUCGAGCGUGGAGGACGCCGCUUCCAAGCCCGAAGGGAGGAGAAGAUGCGACGCAAGAUGGUCCAGACCAUAACACACAGGGGUGA